UUAUAAUGCAUACUAGAUUUUUUUUCACUAAACAAAUGUAAACCACAUUAAGGGUUAGCAUACCAAUUCUCAUUUGCUAUAGUACUCUAACUUGUUACUAUGUUAUAAUCAAGAUCUUAACUUAAUCACUAAGCUGUUCUUUGACCUUCUCAAUGGCAUAGCCAAUUUUUUUUUUUUAUCCAAAGUUGAAAACUUUGGUUUUUGCUUUGUCUUUUUCUUGGUUUAAUUAUCUACUUUGUGUGGCUGUUCAAAUCUUUUAUCCAUGGCUACUCAGUGCUUCUUGAAGGUAACAUUUGAUGUGUUGUUACAUAGAAUUUAUUUCAAUUUUAGUAGUUUGGGGCUACUUAGAUAGUAAUAUUUUGGGUUCAUAUUGUAUCUUGAUUUGCUAAUCUUGAAGUUGAACAAGUUUCUUGAUUUUAGUCCUUUUUGUUGACUACUUUUGAGUUUGGUUUAAGAGGGUUGACUUUUUUGGGUUGGUUGGAUUAUUUGGUUAUAGUAUUCAAGGUUGGAUUUUGAGGGGCAUUAUAGAGCUAUUUUUAGAAAUAAGAUUUUAAUGUUGAGGGAAGUAAUCAAGAUUGGAUUUUGGGUGGCAUUGUAGAGCUAUUUUACAAAUAUAAGAUCUUAAUGUUGAGGAAAGUAAUCAAGAUUGGAUUUUGAGUGGCAUAAUAGAGCUAUUUUACAAGUAUAAGAUCUUAAUGUUGAGGAACUGAAGGAGUGAAUUUAGGAAAAAAUGGGGAAUACUUGUGUUGGACCAAGCAUUACUAGAAAUAGAUUUGUGCAGUCAAUUUCAGCUGCAAUGUGGCCGGGUCGGGUACCGGAUGAGUCUGCUUCCACCACCACUAAUGAUGAUAGUGCCCGAGGCAAAACAGCAGAAUCCGGGAAAGAAGAAAAAGACCCUGAUUUGCCUGUCCAAAGUAGGGCACCUGAACAAAUGACAAUGCCUAAGUCUGAAGAACAGAAGGAAGAGGAACCGGCAAAGAAGGAAGUGGGGCCCGCGAAGUCCAAGAAGCCGUUAGAGAUGAAGAGGGUAGGUAGUGCUGGACUUAGGACUGAUUCAGUAUUACAAAAGAAAACUGGAAACUUAAAGGAGUUUUUCCAUAUAAGAAAGAAAUUAGGACAAGGACAAUUCGGAAUUACGUUUAAAUGUAUCGAAAAAGGGACGGGAAAAGAGUACGCGUGCAAAUCGAUUGCUAAGAGGAAGUUGUUAACGGAUGAUGAUGUGGAAGAUGUUAGAAGGGAAAUUCAGAUAAUGCACCACUUGGCGGGGCAUCCAAACGUUAUAUCGAUAAAAGGGGCUUAUGAGGAUGCUGUAGCUGUUCAUGUAGUUAUGGAACUCUGUGCCGGAGGGGAACUUUUUGAUAGGAUCAUUCAGCGAGGGCAUUAUACAGAAAGAAAAGCAGCUGAGCUUACGAGGACUAUUUUUGGAGUUGUAGAGGCUUGUCAUUCUUUGGGCGUCAUGCAUCGUGAUCUUAAGCCUGAAAAUUUUCUUUUUGUUAAUCAGAAGGAGGAUUCACUUCUCAAAACUAUUGAUUUUGGAUUGUCAGUUUUCUUCAAACCAGAUGAGAGAUUUAAUGAUGUUGUUGGCAGUCCUUAUUAUGUUGCACCUGAAGUUCUCAAAAAACGGUAUGGUCCUGAAGCUGAUGUCUGGAGUGCUGGUGUGAUUGUGUACAUUUUAUUAAGUGGAGUACCUCCUUUCUGGGCUGAAAAUGAGCAAGGAAUAUUUGAACAAGUCCUGCAUGGUGAUCUCGACUUCUCAUCAGAUCCAUGGCCUAGUAUUUCAGAAGACGCAAAAGAUUUGGUCAGGAGAAUGCUUGUUCGAGAUCCCAGAAAACGUUUAACUGCUCAUGAAGUCUUAUGCCAUCGUUGGGUUCAAGUUGAUGGUGUGGCUCCAGAUAAGCCUCUUGAUUCUGCAGUUCUGAGUCGAAUGAAACAAUUUUCAGCAAUGAACAAGCUCAAGAAGAUGGCUUUGAGAGUCAUUGCUGAAAGCCUAUCUGAAGAAGAAAUUGCUGGUCUGAAAGAAAUGUUCAAGAUGAUAGAUACAGAUAAUAGUGGUCAAAUAACUUUCGAGGAGCUCAAAGUUGGAUUGAAAAGAGUCGGCGCUAAUCUCAAGGAGUCCGAGAUCUAUGAUCUUAUGCAGGCAGCGGAUGUUGAUAACAGCGGCACAAUUGAUUAUGGGGAAUUUAUAGCUGCAACAUUACAUUUUAACAAAAUUGAAAGAGAAGAUCAUCUAUUUGCUGCUUUCUCUUACUUUGAUAAAGAUGGCAGUGGUUACAUCACUGCAGACGAGCUUCAACAAGCUUGUGAGGAGUUUGGCAUUGGGGACGUCCAUCUGGAAGAUAUGAUAAGAGACGCUGAUCAGGACAAUGAUGGGCGCAUUGAUUACAAUGAGUUUGUCGCUAUGAUGCAAAAGGGACAUCCGGUGAGUGGCGGUGGCAAGAAAGGUCUAGAGCACAGUUUCAGCACUGGAUUUAGAGACGCUCUAAGACUCUAGAGCCUUUGCAUUUCGAGAAUAUUUAUUUUUCGUUUUCUUCAUUUCCCUUGUGGAAAGUUUUUUUGUUUUAGGAUUGUAUAGUAGAAACAAGUGCUUGCCAAGCAACAACCUUGCUUUUCCUAUGCACUUCACUAUUUUUUCCAGUUUUGCAACAUUUUCAUCUUUUUUUUUUCUCCCCAACUCUGGCAGUGAACUCACUGUAACCGAGUAUAUCUCUGGAGGUAAGGAGAUUAAACCACCUUUUGGUAAUCUUGUUUAGCUCAAUUUUGCUGGAUAAAGAGUUCAUUUGCUUCUGUGA